AUGGAAAACACAGCCAAAGCAAAUAAAAAGGAUAUUCAAACUGAUCCUCCAAAAGAUGCCCAAAUUCCUACUAAUGAGGAAUUUCUGGAUUACCACUGUCAAGCAAAGGAGAAUAUGUUAGAACGAUUCAUGAUUCAACUGAAGAGACUUAGGGAAAAGAAUAAAAAGUUUCAUGAUAGAAAUAAACGCUUGAAAGAUGAACAGAGUUGGCACUUACGAAACCUAAUAAAGGAACUCAGUGAAGAACGGCCAGAGGGAUUGACAGCUGUGACAAGAGAGGAAGUUGAGGCAGCAAUGAAGGGAAAAUGGCAGUAUGAAAGAGAUCAGGAGCAAAACUUGAAAGCUAUGCGCUUGCAAAUAAUUAAUGCUGAAAAGUUAUUUCUUGAGAAACUCAGUGAGAAGGAAUAUUGGGAAGAGUACAAGAAUGUAGGCUGUGAACUACAUGCUAAAACCAUUGUCUCCUUACAACAAGACAUCAACACAGUUAGAGAGAAUGCAGAAAAAAUGGCAGAACAAUAUAAAAUUAAUCUAGAAGAUAUUAGAAAGAAAGUUAUCAAAGAGACUUUAUUGCAUCUGGAUGCAAAGAAGGAAUGGGCCACACAGAAUGCUAUAAAGUUAAUUGACAAGAGCAGCUAUCGAGAAAUCUUGGAAAACUACUGGCUAAAGAAAGAGGUUGAAAUUCACAGGAAAGAAGUUGGAGAAUUAGAACAUGUCAUUCAGGAACUGGAGGAAGAAAAUUUGGUGCUUCUUGACCAGCUAUUCAACUGCAGACUUGUGGACCUCAGAGUACCCAGACGUCUCUAUCUUACCCAAGCAGCUGGACAACCAGCAGAACCUGAAGAAAUGCAUUUGGAGUCACAAGAAACACACUCAGAAGUGAAACCUGAAAAAGAUAAACACAUAACGAGCUCACCAGUUGACAGCUCUGAUGUAAGUGUUAGUCAUGAGGAAAUUAUCAGAGAUGCCCAGCAUCUGAAGAAAGAUGAAGUGGAGAGCUCUGAUACAGAGUUUGAAAUAUCUAAUAUAAAAUUACUAUUAUAUGAGGAUGAGCAAGAUUUCAAGGAUUAUGUAAACCUGGGUCCCUUGGCAGUGAAGCUGAUGAGAGUGGAGAGCAAGAAAAUGCCCAUAAAAUUUCAAGAUAAGCAAUGUCCUGUCAGAUUCUCUGAAGACGUUAAGACCCCUGAAAACCUGAUCUCAUAUAAAAUAAUGAAGUCUUUUCUUGAAGAUUGA